UUGUUUCUUGCAGAUAUAUUAUACAUGGCAAAGUGGAAUAACACACAUUUUACAGAAUUCAUUCUGCUCGGACUAACAGAUAAUCCUAGACUUGAAAUUAUACUCUUUGUCCUCUUCUUUAUCUUCUACAUUAUCACCCUCACUGGUAACCUGGGCAUCUUGGUGGCUAUCAGGGCAGAUUCACGGCUCCACACCCCUAUGUAUUUUUUUCUUAACAAUCUGUCAUUCCUAGAUCUAUGCUAUGCCACUAUUAUCACCCCCAAAACAUUAGUGAAUUUUAUGUCAAAGUCGAAAGCCAUUGGUUACAAAGAAUGUGCUGUACAGAUGUACUUCUUUGCUGCUUCAGUGACCACUGAAUGUUUCUUAUUGGGCAUCAUGGCCUAUGAUCGCUAUGUGGCAAUAUGUAACCCACUGCUGUAUUCAGUUGUAAUGAGUAAAAAGAUUUGUGUACAGCUUGUGGCUGGCGCUUAUACUUUGGGAUAUCUCAACGCAACCCUACAUACCAUCACCACUUUCCGACUACCAUUCUGUAAGACCAACAAAAUUGAUCAUUUCUACUGUGAUGUUCCUCCUCUCCUGAAACUGUCCUGCACCAAGACUACCAUGAAUGAAAUAUUGAUGUUUAUAUUUGGAGGCUUUGCAGAAACAAGCUCUCUUACCACCAUCAUAGUCUCCUACACCUACAUUAUAUCCAGCAUACUAAGAAUUCGCUCAGCAGAAGGAAGGAAAAAAGCAUUUUCCACAUGUGCUUCUCACUUUACAGCUGUCACCAUAUUUUACAGCACUAUUCUCUUCAUGUACUUGAGACCUACAUCUACGUAUUCUAUGAGCCAGGAUAGAGUUGCAUCAGUUUUCUAUAGUGUCAUUAUACCUAUGCUAAACCCAUUAAUUUAUAGUUUGCGGAACAAUGAAGUGGCACAAGCCUUAAAGAGAAUUCGGACAAAAUAUUGUUGUAAAGGCAAAUAA